GAAUGUCGUCACCCUUGUAUGGGUCGAUGCUCGAUCAUGGCUGAAGGAAGGCUUGUAAAUUUUGAUGCGAGGAUGUGAACAGAAAAUUUGUUAAUUUUAUCAAUUUGGCGUGCUUAAUUUUAGUAAAAGUUGCAUUGGAAAGUGUAGAAAAACGGCUACAAAUGCUCAAACAAUUGCAAAUGGGUCUCCGGGCUUUUCUGUUGCUCGCCUCUAGAGUCUGGACGUGUGUUUGUUUUCUACUCAAAAAGCAGAUCGUUCAACAUGAGCCUGUCAAAUAUGAGUUGUAUCCAUUGUCUCCUCUCUCAAGGCAUAGACUAAACAUAGUACGUCGCAAAGUGCUUGUUCUGGACCUGGACGAGACGCUGAUCCAUUCGACCAAUGAGGGCAUAAUGCGUCAGAGCGCAUCGCCCCUCUCCACUCGGCCACCGCAGCCGCCCGCCGAUUUUGUGCUCAAGGUCACCAUCGACCGGCACCCGGUCCGUUUCUUCGUUCACAAACGACCGCAUGUCGACUUCUUCCUCGAUAUUGUAUCGCAGUGGUACGACCUGGUCGUGUUCACCGCCUCGAUGGAGAUCUACGGCGCGGCCGUGGCCGACCGACUGGACGCCGGUCGCGGCGUGUUGCGACGUCGCUACUACCGUCAACACUGCACCCCCGACGACCUCGGCUCCUACACCAAGGACCUGUCCGCCGUCACGCCCGACCUCACCAGUGUAUUCAUACUCGACAACUCGCCCGGCGCCUACAGGUCUUACCCAGACAACGCAAUUCCAAUCAAGUCGUGGUUCAACGACCCGAUGGACACGGCUCUACUCAACCUGCUGCCUGUGUUGGACGCCCUCAGGUUCGCCCAGGAUGUGCGCAGUGUGCUCAGCCGAAACCUGCACCUGCACCGGCUCUGGUGAGUCAGGGCUGCAUCAUCACCCUCGUCGCCACAUCUUCAUAGACACCUCAUCCGCCGUCGGCACCGCAAACGGACUCCCAACAGGAUACAGAGUGGGUCUGGUAGAGAUACACAACACAAACUGGAUCCUAACCCAAUACACCGUGAUUUUGGUAGCAAUCCUCAACACAAGCCGAAUCCUAACCCAAUACCCAGUGAUUUUGGUAGCGAUCCACUAUCUUUAAAUACCAGUUGUAGAUGUGACCUUGAUGACAGAUUCAACAACAAAUUCAACCUAUACAAAUUUUUGAAGGGGAAUCCUAACCCAAUACACCGUGAUUUUGGUAGCGAUCCUCAACACAAGUCGAAUCCUAACCCAAUACCCAGUGAUUUUGGUAGCGAUCCACUAUCUGUAAAUACUAGUUGUAGAUGUGACCUUGAUGACAGAUUCAACAAAAAAUUCAACUUAUACAAAUUUCUGAAGGGCGAUCUGAUACUUCCAAUGCAAAGCUGUUUUGAUCCCAAACAUAUUCAGUGCAAAUGUUUCAAGUCAGAUUUAAUUCCAAAGCAGAAUCCAAUGCCGAUAAAAACUUGUUCUGAUUGUGAAUGUUACAACCUUGAACUCCACAAACAUAACCUUGAAUUUAGGGAGCAAUUUAACCUCAAACCCAGUGUGAAACUUGGGUUGCAUAACCUCAAACGUCAGGAAACGAAUUGCUCGAAACAUGUGUGUAGGUUUCACAAACAUAAGUGUCAGGAGAAACAUAUAAAAAAGUUUCAAGAGAAUAAUCUUGAAAUUCAGGAUGUAGGGGAAGAUAACUUUGAUCAGGAAAACAGUCGUAACCAAAAUCUGGAACAACAUAACUUAAAUUUCGAGAACAAACAUAACCUCAAUCUUGAGCGACAUAACCUAAAUUUCGAACAAAAACAUAACCUCAAACGUACAAAGUGUGGGGAACGGUUCUACUCUUUGAAUGCACUGCUGCUGUUGAACUGUGGAACGCAGCAGAUGGAAAUUGGAGGAACGGAACGGAAUAAGGAACAACAUCCGGGGAAAGAAUUUGAAUGAGGAAGUUUGGAAUUGAGGACAGAAAGUGAUCCUUUACACUACAUUUCACAGUAGAAGAACAUAAAGUAUUCCUUUACAAUUAACACUUUCCUUUACAAUGGAAAAUUUGUGGAACUGAGGAAUAGGUGUUACUUUACAGUAAGUGAUUGAGAAUAUUGGAAAUGACAGUUGAAAAUAUAGCAGAUUGACUCAAAUUAAUGGCUGGUUUUCUAUCAUUUUCUGUAAUUUACUAAAUCUCUCAUUUUUCAAUUUGACCGUUCGACAGGGAAUUUUUUUGCGGAAAUGUAGUGGAUUUUUUGGCGUAAUAUGGGAAUCUUUUUUGUCUACUAAUAAGUAGUAGGCUUCAAAUUUAUCUGACUACCACUUUUUUGUAAUUUACUAAAUCUCUAAUUUUUCAAUUUGACCGUUCGACAGGGAAUUUUUUUGCGGAAAUGUAGUGGAUCUUUUGGCGUAAUAUGGGAAUCUUUUUUGUCUACUAAUAAGUAGUAGGCUUCAAAUUUAUCUGACUACCACUUUUUUGUAAUUUACUAAAUCUCUAAUUUUUCAAUUUCAUCAACAGGGAAUUUUUUGCGGAAAUGUAGUGGAUGUUUCGGCGUAAUAUGGGAAUCUUUUUUGUCUACUAAUAAGUAGUAGGCUUCAAAUUUAUCUGACUACCACUUUUUUGUAAUUUACUAAAUCUCUAAUUUUUCAAUUUGACCGUUCGACAGGGAAUUUUUUGCGGAAAUGUAGUGGAUCUUUUGGCGUAAUAUGGGAAUCUUUUUUGUCUACUAAUAAGUAGUAGGCUUCAAAUUUAUCUGACUACCACAAAUAAUUGAAAAAAAAACCAAAUUAAUACGAUAAUAGUAGACAUGUUUAUUGAAAGUUUAUAUCCAAUAAUCUGAGGCCCAGUUGCACAACAGCCGGUUAAAUUUCAAGCCUGAUUAAUUCCACGAGAACAAAUCAGAGAAGGCGCUUUUGAAAGUACGGCUUCUCUGAUUGGUUCUCUUGGAAUUGAUCACGGUUAAAAUUUAACCGGCUGUUGUGCAAUCAGCACUAAGACUUGUAGAAAAUUUUAGGGAAUACUUGUUGAAGGUCAUGGGGAUAGAGUGCACUGUUCGUGCUUCCGCUCUUCUUCUUCUUCUUCCUCCUCCUCUUUUUCUCUUUCUUUCUCUCUAUCUUCUAUUCUCAACCAACCUCACUUGAUGACGAUGUUGCAUUUAACAAGUUUCUUUUAUUUUUCAAAACUUUCCAUUUCAAACAAGCCACAAUAACUGAUGAUGGAAGUGUAAUUUUUAAAAGUGAAAAAAUAGUUGGGACAAUUUUGCGGCGAAUUUUUAAAAGAAUUAUCAAUUCUAGCGCAACAGCUACAGUGAGAUAUACUUCAAACUGUGUAAGCGUUCCUUAUGAAUAACAUUAACCAGCUUACAAUUGAAGAAUUGCUCACAGUUUCAAGUGAAUAUACACUCACUAUAUAUUAUAAAUUAUAGUCGAUAUGUGGUUGUUGACUCUGUAUAUAUACAGUAAUGAUAGAGAAAUAGUUUGGUAUAGUUAAAUUUGUAAUGUUCUUUUCAGCAAUUCGAAACAUUGUUAAUAAAAUGUAUAGUGCAGGUUGCACAAACGCCGAUUAAAUUUUAAUCUUGAUUAAUUCCAUCUGAGAAACAGUCUUAUCAAAAAGACCUUCUCUGAUUGGUUCUUGUGAAAUUAAUCACGGUUAAAAUUUAACCGGCUUUUGUGCAGCCAGGCCUUAGUGUUGAAUAUUGUUAGUAUAAUAGUUAAUACAAGUAGAGAUUGAAGUGAUGAAAAAUUUGAAUUCUGUUUUUGUCCUAGUAGAAUUAAAUGAGAAAUUUGAAUUAUUGUUUCCUAGUAAAUGGUUUGUGGUAGGUAUCCGAUUUUUUCGGAGUAAUAUUUCGACAAUUUUUGUGGUCGUUUCACGAAUUACUUAUGUAAAUUUAGUGCACUAUUGAAAUUUGACUAAUUUUGAAGGCAUUGUACAAAAUUUUCCUUGAAAUUGACUAACUUUGUUGGUAUCUUACAAAAUUUGGUGCAAUUUCUCUACAAUUUUUUGUAGGAAUCCCCUACAAUUUGAGAGUGGGAGGUGUAUGAAGACUUCAAG